GUUUUUAUUCAGGCCACGUUGUUGCUUUCACUUUCACUUGUUGAGCCGUCGCCUUUGUAGCAGAGUUUCAGACUGUACUACUUUAAAACAUGUGCAUGUUGCAUAUAUCUGCUCCUGGAACUAGACUAAGGACCUUUUUGCGUUUGAGCCUGUCCGCAGUCGACGAGAAGUAGUCUAAGGCUUUCCGUGUUGGUUUGCAUAAAACAGGUACUUCCCCAGCGAUUGUGCGUCAACUUUCCAGCGCAGUGCGUUAAAUUCCGAUUUCCUCUUUGAUCGUAACUUUAUUUUGAGUUUUCUGCUGCUGUAGGUAGUUUAUAUCAGUGAUCUCCUCGGGAUAGUAUGAUUUAAACGCCACGCAUCUGCUUUUGUUGAUCGUUAAAUAUGCUAUUGUCUCUCUCUGGUCAAGUGAACGCAAUGGCUGUUGCAGAGCAGCACCAGCUUCGUGUGAUCAAUCAAGUGGCAGAGGCUCUCAGCACCUCAGAACGCAGGAAGAUCCUUUACCUGUGUGGAAGUUUGGACACGGAUCACAGUGAGGCGUUUGUGAAGGAGAUACUGAAGUCUAAAGUGCUCAGCCAAGAGAGAGGUCACCUGCUCCUUACAGAGCUGCUGUUGCAGCUCAGACGUUUCGAUAUCUUGAGGAAGGUAUUUAAAACCAGCAGAGAUGAGGUCGAGAGGACUCUGACUUACAUACAGUGUCUGCCACGUUUCAGGUAAGUCCUGUCUUAUUUACACUUCAACAGUCCAUUUUAGCAAAUGCCACUGUGGUGAUCAUGUUUCCUCUAUCUGUAGAGUAUUGAUGGCUAAUAUAAGUGAAGAUGUGACUGGUGAGGAUCUGGACAGUGUAAAGUUCUUGUUCAGCAGCAUAUUACCGCGUGAAAAGAGGGAAAACGCAAAGGUAAAGUUUUUUUUUUCAUUUGUGUGGGAGGGGAGUUUUGGUCACUUCCAGAAAUAAUUACAAAGACUGACUUUCCGUAUCUCUGACAGAAUUUCCUGGAUGUGAUCAUUGAACUUGAAAAGCUUGAUAAAGUUUCUCCUGAGCAAGUGGACUUAAUAGAGGAAUGUUUUAGGAACAUCAGCAGAGUGGACCUGGCUAAAAAAGUGAUCAAAUACAAGACAUCAGGUGAGAGUGAAGUUUCACUGUGUGACAUUCACAAAAAGUAUUUCUCAGGACAAGAAUGAAGAAGUACAGAAAAAGGAAUUGAAAAUGAAUGACAUUCUUGGGUGGCUGUGUCAUAAGAGUGGGUGGUCUGUGAAACAAGACACCACUGUAGGACUGCUGGACUAAUACAGAAAGUUAAAGAUGCUUUAUAAAGAAAGAGAAGAGAAACCAAUCACAAAACUUCACUGCUCACCUGUUUUCCAUUAGGUUUAAAAUACAUAAAAUUUGCUUGUUUCUCCUUUUACAGUUGCAACAUCUGAAUGUCAGUCACCUCAGCAGCAAAUGUUCAGUGCUCCUGUGAGUAUGACAUAAUUCUGCAAAAGCUACUGUCUAUAACUCACUCCUUUAUACAACUUAUACUUCUGAAAACAUCUCCUCAUUAGAGUCCAAUUACCACAACGUACAGCUCUCACCCUCCACACCAAACAAGACAAGGACAGUACCACCUCAGAGGUAAGACUGGUUUCAUUUAACUUAGUAACUUUAAAGGCAUUGAAAGCGUCAGACAUAUGUGUUUGUGAACAAUAAUUCAGAGUAAAAGUGUAUUUUGGGUAAUAAUAACAACUGGGAAGCCCCACUUCACCCUGUUUCUCACUUUGAUUGCCAGAUAAUUGUAUUACUGUACGUCAUCAAGCUCCAGAAAGUGUGCUUGGGGCUACAUACAGAGAGAACAGCUGUCAGGUAGGAUUUCCCCCACCUUUACUGUGGUCUUUUUUGUCCUGUUAACAUGAAUAGGUUCAGUUAUUGAAUUACAUGAAUUUGCUGCUCUCCUGUUUUACAGAGUCAACUGAGCAGGUACAAAUUCAACUCUAAUCCCAGAGGUGUUUGUGUUAUCAUUGACUGCGUGGGAAAUGAGGGAGGUGAGACACCAAACACCUUUAAGCAAAUGCUUUGAUCUUUAUCACUUAAUUGUACUGUUUUUAUGCUAAAAACUGCAACGUUGGGGUUGGUGAUGUUUGCUGUGGAAAAGUGUCUCUUUUACAUUUUCCCAUCCCUCAGUUUAGAGAUAUGGCUUUGUCAUCAGGGGUGUCAGAACAUUGACUGAAAGUCCCAUACAGGAUCUUUAAUAUCAAAAGUAAAACAUUCAUUACACAGAAAAUAAACUUGUCUGACUCGUUUCUGUAUUAAUAGAGUGACAGCUCUGAUGCACCAUGUUGUAUGAGUAAAACUGGGUGUCACCUCCAAUACAGUUAAGUAGACUCCGCCAGUUAUAAAAAGUGCCUCCCUCUAAAGGUCGUGGUUCAGAGUCAUGUGUAUAUAAAUGGCACAUAAAAAAAGAAAAAAUAGAAAUUCUGUGACACAAAUUAGUCUUGUUUGUUUGGUAAGUUAUUAUUGUCUUCUCUCUAUAAAACUGUUGUGAGGAACAUAUGGUUUACGUUGUUUUCGGCAACCCACAGGGACAAAGUGAUAUGUCUGAUCUCCUUUUCUUUACAUGUAAAAGUGGUGAAUUCAAACUCAAAUCUCACAAUGUUGUUUGUUAGCAGUAAAAUAUUUUACCCACUGUAAUUUAUUUUCAUAAAAAAUAGUCUAAGUGGUGGUUUCUUUAACCUACUGUGGUCUGACACCUGCGCCCUCAUAUAGUGGUACCAGGCGUAAACAUUACAACAGGGGAAUGAUAUGCCUCAUUGCUGUUAGUUUCUUUUUCAUUUUAAGAUCAUAAAGAGGUAUCAGUAUUAGGUUCAGUCUUUUUCAACUUGUCUCGUGACAAAUUUGAGGGCUUUUUAUGGUGAAACCCAUUCCCCCAGUCUUCUCUAUUUGUCACCCUCCAGCAAACUGAAAGCCAAAAAACUAGCAGUGACAUUUGAUGUAGUUCUCAUACUAACUAAAGAAUAAGAACUUUAUUUAUCCCCAAAGGAAAAUUUAAUAUAUUAAUUCAAUGUAUAUAUACAAUAUUGCCCAAUCCUGUUCUUUUAUUAAACAAAUUUCCAGUUGAAGAUCAUUCCUGUCACUUAUGUCCACAGGUAUCAGAGUUUUAUUUUUCCAGUCUAGAUUACCAUAGUGCAUGAUAAAGAAGUGUAAAUCAGGACUUCCUCCACAGGCUCCAGAUGGUUCGGAGUGAUGUUGCUUGAAUUUUAAGAGAUGCCCAGAUACACACUAAAACUAAUAAUGUGAUUUUGUGCUUGUCACCGUCCAUCAAUUUUCUUGAAUAUAUCUCAACCUUUUACUGAUUAUUUGUAAAGCUUUGACAGCCUCAGUCCAAAAUGUGUGAUUGCUCUAUUGACUCCCCAUGUGCCUGGACUCCAGACACCAGGGCAUGGAGCUGUACUGGUUGUUGGAACUUGGCAGUUAAAGCCCUCAGACUGUGAAAGUCUCUGACGAUUACAAUAAGACAGGCCAUGUAUUCAUCCCUCUAAAAUUCUCCCUUAACUCAUAAUAAAAGGCUUUAAUAAAUUUCUAGAUUAUGUGCUGUUUUAUCAGUCUGAUGACUCAUUUUAUGUGUUUCUUUCUGCUUCUCCCUUUUCUCUGGCUGUUCUUUGGUGGAGCACUGUCACCUUGUUCAGAAAAGUGUUUUAGAAAUAAUUAUUUCAUAUGUUUUUUUUGUCAUAAUUUGUUAAUUAAGCUUAAACUUAAAUGCUGGAUUUCUUUCAAUCCUUCAGAUAUGCUGGAACAGACAUUUAAGGCUUUCCACUUCAACGUCCUCCUUCACAAGUGGCUGAGUGUGAAUGCCACCCUCUCAGUUCUCAGAGAGACGUCCAGACACAGAGAGCACCUCCAAGGUGACGCUUUUGUUUGCUGCAUCAUAAGUCGGGGCACUGAAAGUCACAUCCUGGGUACAGACACUGAUGUUGCAGGUCUUAGUCUGGACAGUAUCCGGCGUCUUUUCACUGCAGAAUCAUGUCCCAUGCUGGCUGGCAAGCCCAAACUCUUCUUCAUCCAGAGGUACCACGUACCCGAGUUUUUGCCCUCUGCCAGGCACUGGGAUGAGGAUCUGGAGACAGAUGGGGUCUCCAGGUGUGAUUUCAUACCUACAGAUGCAGAUGUGUUCUGGAGUCACUGCUGGACAGAUGAGAGGCAGCUUGAGGAGGAACACCAUCGCUCUGCCUACCUGAAGGCUUUGACUGACACCUUACAGAGAAGGUACAGAACAUUUAUAACCCCUUUAGUACCUCAUACUUUCCAUACAGGCUAUAGGUGGUAGCAGCUGAAGGGUAAUCUGUUGGUUUUCUUCUGCAGGAAAACACAUCUUGUUGAAGUUCAUACUGAAGUAAACGGAGCCAUCUAUGAGCACAACAGGAGGAACCCUCGAUAUAUCUACAACUUUGAUCUGAAGCACACUCUCCGCAAAGAUCUGUACUUAGAGUAGCAGAGCUAGUCACCAAGACUUUCAUUUACUCCUUCAUACAAGCAGCUAACCUUUAGUUUUCUUGUGCAGCCCAUUCUUGCCAUAGAAGAACGUCUUAUUUAUUAUGUAUACAGUGACAUCUGCUGGUUGAAUUCAUGAAAAACACUCUGAUUAAAUAUUUUUAUUUAAUGUGUAUUUUUUUUUUUGUCUCUUAACUUAAUUUUGUCUCUUACUUAAUGAAACUCAUUAUGUUUAAAUCAUGUGCAACUCAUUAUUUUUAUUAUACAAUUUGAUUUAUUUUGUAAGCUGAUGAUAUUCUUUAUAGAGCAGCUAAAAGAGGUAAGGUUAGGCUAUUUUUUUUUUUAUUAAUCUCAAUCAUAUUUAUUACCUUCAAAGCCUGUAUAGAAAUGUGAUAGCAGUUAUGUUCUGUUUAUUUUGUUUAUCCUGUGCAUUAACACUUCUAAUUCAAAAUAAUUUUGUGUUUGGAGAAAUCUGUUUUUAUAUGAUGGCUUUUUUGUUUUUUAUUUAUAAUCUUUUUUUUUUACAUUGUUGUCACAGGUUGGAUUAAAAAAUACACAUGUAUUUACUUGUUUGUGUAUGUAUACAAAUUGUAGACACCACUAUUAUAACUAAGCUGGCUGAUAGCCCAAUUUCAUACAUAAAGGUAACAUGAAGUAUCAUUUAACUAUUAUUACCAUUAUUAGAAUUAUAAAAGGCAAAUAAGCUCUUCAUUUUAAAGAACCACAGUGAAAGUGAUGUAUUCCUGUGCCACUGUGUAACUUGCAUAUGUUACCUUUAUUAAAAUAUUUUAAAAGAUUUUACUUA